AUGGCGGCGGAGGGUCAAGCGGCGGCGGAGGGUCAAAUGGCGGCGGAGGGUCAAGCGGCGGCGGAGGGUCAAGCGGCGGCGGAGGGUCAAAUGGCGGCGGAGGGUCAAGGGGCGGCGGAGAGUCAAGCGGCGGCGGAGGGUCAAAUGGUGGCGGAGGGUCAAGCGGCGGCGGAGAGUCAAGCGGCGGCGGAGAGUCAAGCGGCGGCGGAGGGUCAAAUGGUGGCGGAGAGUCAAGCGGCGGCGAUUCAAACCAAGGAGUCUGAGACUGUAUUUGUUCUUAACCUUGUUCCUCUGUCUUCCCCACUCUCUCCAACAUCUCUCUCUCCUACUUCCUCUUCUACUUGUACAACUAUUCUUCCUUCACUUUCUUCCCCACUUUCACUGCCAUGCUCUGAGUCUUUGCGACAAAUUAAACGGACAAACACCUCUACCUCUUCACACUAUUCUCCCUGUGUCUCUCCUCCAUCUCUGUCUGCCUCUUCCAUCUCCACGUCUUUGAGUCAGGAAGGGCCACGUGUGAAGACCAGAAGAAAAGGUUGCCGAAAAUGUAGUAGGCAGAAGGUUUUCCAGUUUGAUCGAAUAACUGGGGAACGGAUAAAUGAGGGGAAAGCUGAAUUGAAAGUCCACUGGUUGCCAUGCACUGUGUGUGGCAAAACUUGGGAUGAUACAUGGGAGCCUGCCAGUGAGUUAAAGAAAAGUCUUCAUAUAUUUUGGCACAUCACAUGGAAAACUAAGCUGAACUACACGGUAGUGGGCAUUCAAGGGGUGCUACGGCACCCCUGA